AUGAGUUCCCUCAAACUUUUGGAACAUUCCGCGAAAACGCAUUGCUUGGAGGGCAAGCUUGAACCAGCCGUGGAGAUUUACCAUGAGCUUUUAAAUGGUGAACAAGGAAGCCUCGGAGUUAAGCAUCACAAGACAAUCCAGACACAGCAAACUCUCGCGGAUGUGCUCAUAAGGCUCGGCAGGGACACAGAUGCGGAGCCGGUUGUUCGCCAGCUUCUUCAGCUCAGAAAAAAGAUUUAUGGCCCUAAGAGCUCCAAUACACUGGAUACUAUGGUCCAGUUGGCACAAUUGGUCAAGCCUGGUGAGAAACAGGAGCUUCUUAGCGAAUUGUAUCCGCCCAAAGCUGAGGUAGCGCUUGACCUAUCGACCCACCACAAAAUUGGCCUCCUGCUCGAGGAAUAA